CAGGUGCCUCCUGGUGGAAUUAUUAAGUGGAGACUAAAGGGGAGGGAGUUUUUAAGUAGCCUCGUUUUAGAAAAAAAAUAAGAAAAACUUGAAGGGGAAGAAGAGAUAGAUAGGAUAGGCAUGAAGAAAAUAUAUUUUAUCUUAGUCUUGCUUUCUUUGACCUGCUUCACAGGGAUAGUUCAUUGUCAAGAGGAAGAAGAGGAAUAUGCUGGUACUGAUACUCCCCCAACAGUAGAUCCUGAUAUUGGGGCUAGUCGUGAUGCUCUUAAAACUGACGACGAGACUAUCCAAAAGGAGGAGGAAGCCAUUAAGCUCGAUGGAUUAAGUGUGGCCGAGAUGAAGGAAUUGAGGGACAAAGCAGAGAAGUUCACCUUCCAAGCAGAAGUGAACCGGAUGAUGAAAUUAAUUAUCAACUCGUUAUAUCGCAAUAAAGAGAUAUUUCUUCGAGAGUUGAUAUCAAAUGCUUCUGAUGCAUUAGAUAAGAUCAGGUUUAUAUCCCUAACUGAUAAAUCGGCUUUGAGUGCAGUUGAGGAACUAACAAUCAAAAUAAGAGCAGACAAGGAGAACAAUGCACUGCACAUCACUGAUACUGGCAUUGGCAUGACUAGGCAGGAUCUGGAGACUAACCUUGGUACGAUUGCCAAAUCAGGAACUACGGAAUUCCUUGAGAAGAUAACUGCUGCUGAAUCGGCAAGUGCUGCGAAUGAUUUGAUUGGACAGUUUGGUGUCGGAUUCUACUCGUCAUUCUUAGUCGCCGAUCGUGUUGUUGUAACAUCAAAACACAACGAUGAUAAGCAGUAUAUAUGGGAGUCUGAUUCUGCUUCAUUCUCAAUUGUUGAGGACCCCAGGGGAGACACACUGAAGCGAGGGACUACAGUAUCACUGUUCUUUAAGGAAGAGGCUCAGGAGUUCUUGGGAGACGAGAAGCUAAAAGGAUUAGUACAGAAAUACAGUCAAUUCAUCAACUUCCCUAUAUACCUUUGGACCAGCAGGACUGAAAGUGUAGAAGAGCCAGUAGAUGACGAUACUGAGGAUAAGUCUGAUGAUGAUGAUGAAGCUACUGUUGAAGAUGAAGGAGACAAGCCUAAGACAAAGAAGGUUGAUAAAACAGUCUGGGAUUGGGACAUUGUGAAUGAUUCUAAGCCCAUCUGGUUGAGGAGUCCUAAGGAUAUUGAAAAUGAAGAAUAUGAAGCAUUUUACAAAGCAUUCACUAAGAACUCUGAGGCUCCAUUGGCUAAAAUACAUUUCACUGCUGAAGGUGAAGUUACCUUCAGAGCAAUACUGUUCGUCCCAGCUACUCCAUCUAAUGAUUUGUUCACUAAGUAUGCCAAGGCGUCUGAUAAGAUCAAAGUGUAUGUGAGGCGUGUCUUCAUUACCGACAAUUUUGAGGACCUCAUGCCACGUUACCUUGGAUUUGUAUUUGGAGUUGUUGAUUCUGAUGACCUGCCAUUGAAUGUCUCUCGUGAAACUCUACAACAACACAAGCUCUUGAAAAUCAUAAAGAAGAAGCUCGUACGAAAAGCUCUCGACAUGUUAAAGAAAAUGGACGAGGAGACCUACGAGAAGUUCUGGUCUAAUUAUAGCACUCACAUUAAACUUGGCGUCGUCGAGGACUUCUCAAAUAAGAGCCGUGUUGCCAAGCUACUGAGAUUCACUUCAUCAAACGACCCUGAUAAACUAACCAGUCUGGACGAGUACAUAGAGAGAAUGAAAGACAAGCAGGAACACAUUUACUACAUGGCAGGAGAAACCAAAAAACAAGUGGAAGGUUCCCCUUUCGUUGAGAGAUUGUUAAAGAAAGGUUAUGAAGUAUUGUACAUGACUGAUGCUGUGGAUGAAUACUGUAUGGAAGCACUCACUGAAUAUGAGGGUAAGAAGUUCCACAAUGCUGCUAAGGAAGGACUCACAUUCGCCGAUGAAGGAGAAUCUCACAAGGAACAGUUUGAGAAGCUAGUUGAGGAAUACAAGCCACUAACAACAUGGCUGAAGGAGACUGCCCUAUCUGAUUCUAUUGAGAAAGCUGUUGUAAGUAACAGGCUGACUACUUCACCGUGUGCACUAGUUGCUAAUCAACACGCCUGGUCUGGUAAUAUGGAGAGGGUUAUGAGGGCACAGGCUUAUGCACAGAGCAAGGAUGCUAACACAGAGUUUUAUUUAAAUCAAAAGAAGACGUUUGAGAUCAACCCACGUCAUCCAUUGAUACAAGAGCUACAGCGUAAAGUACAGGAGGACUCGACCUCAGAAGCAUCCAUGGACCUAGCCCGUAUUCUAUUAGACACUGCGAAACUGAGGGGCGGGUACUUUGUGGAUGAUUCUAAAGAAUUUGCCAGUAGAAUAGAGAGAAUGCUACGAGUUAGUAUAGGAGUACCACCUGAUGCAGCUAUUGAGGAGGAAGUGUUUGAGCCUUUAGAUGAGAGAGGAGAUGGUGCAGAUGAAGAAGAAGCUGAGGAAGUUACUGAUGAAGAGGAGACACCAACAGAAACUCCUGAUAAAGAUGAACUCUGAUCCUAUUAUUUUAAUUGUUUAGUAGUUUAUGUAUUUUAGUUUGUUUUUUUCAAAGCUAAACAGCAUUACCUUUUAAGGAUUAAUUGACUCAUUACUAAAA